CAAACAAACACGAUCCACUCCCAAGGCCACGGACACGGACGUUGCUUUACGGUUCGUCUCGCUUAUUCCGGAGCCUCCAUCCGAUUUGCAUUGCGCCUGAGUGUGCCUGUGUUUGUGUUCUCCUCUCACUAACCGCGCUGUAUCCGUACUCUAUCUACCGCUCAAAGCCAAGCAAUCCGCUUGCUUUGCCACCGAAGAGACUCGGUGGCAAAAAAAAGAGGGCUCAAUAUGUCACCGUCACCAACAAACCCAAACCCAAACCUGAACCCCUCAAUGCGUCCCGUGCCUAUAAUCCGCAGUAGGACGGGCUGUUUUACCUGUAGGAAGCGCAAAAAGAAGUGCGACGAGAGUAAACCAAUCUGCAGCGGUUGCAAACGCAAUAAGCUCGACUGUGUAUGGCCUGAACCACAGCCUGCCAAGGGUCCAUCACGGUCGUCAUUUGGUGCUGCAUCUACAAGCUCACAACAGAGUGUUGCUUCGCUGAGGCAGGGUCACGAUGCGGACUCGGUGAAUGACCCGGUCAUACCGGACCCGGUGCCGGAGGAGGAGGACCGAGCUGCUGAGAAUCCCGAUGUACCCCAGAAUGGCGACAGUUCUCCGGUGCAUGGGCAUGGGCAUGGUCAUAGCCAAGGGCAAGGGGACACCCACAUGGUCGAUGCUGAAGCUGAUGUGGAUAUCAUCGAUGCUGUUGAUGAUGUUGAUCAGCCAUCUCCUUCACAGUCAUCCAACUCAUCAGAUUCACCGACUGUUAUCACAACAUGGGAUGCAGAUACCGCCAACGCUCUCACCCUCGCUUUGCCGCCUUCCCCAGACACAGGACUCUCAUUCAAUGGAGCCAUUACUAUGCCAAUGUCGAUGCUACCUGAGCAGGGGCAUCAGUCAUAUGAGCUUCUCAGUUACUACCUGUCACGAACGGCCAAUAGCAUGGGCAACGGUUCCACAGACGUUAAUCCCUUCAUCGCCAAACUCAUACCACUGGCCUUCUCAAAACCUCUUGUGUUACAACUCAUCCUCGCUCAGAGCGCUGCCCACCGCCAGGCGUCUGCAGAGCGACAUCCGAGCGAUGAGAUCGCGCAGAGGUAUUACACCGACUCGCUGCGGAUGUUUAGGAAUGUCGUCGAUGAGUAUGUAUCUGGAAAUGCCGAGAACACCCUUGUCUUGACAGUCGGCAGUCUUAUUAUGUGUUUGACUGAGGUUGCCAAAGGAGACAUUCACGGUACAAUAUUUGACCAUCUAACAGCGUCCAAGUCAUUAGUGAGCACAUUACUCACAGGGACGCAGAACAUGGUAUAUGACGACCUACCUGACUUUCUAAUCGAGUACUACAUGCAUAUCGCAGCCACCAGUAUGAUCUCGAUUGACCCCCAGUAUAACUCACAGUCAUUACUCAGCCCCGAUAUUGAGGUCCGGGCCAGAAACUUAGUCGCAAGGAAGUAUGUCGGCCAACUAUGUGGCUGCUGGCUCGAAAUCCUCAUCCUUAUAUCCCAGGUCUUUCACCUAGGACAAGUAAUGUCUUCACUGACCAGCGAUGGAGAGAUCUCGCCAAGCCCCGACAACAUUGUCAAUUUCGCUUUCCUUCAAUCUCAAGUGAUGGGCUUCUUCCCAGAUCCUUCUGUCACACCAUAUACACGUCUUGCAGGGCUGGUGUGGAAACAAGCUGCCCUGCUAUAUCUCUGGACAGUCCUCGGGAAACCCCAUCAGCAACCUGAAGGCAGUUUCCAACGAGCAUUGGUGGAAUCGGCGGUCGCCGAAGCAGUGGCAUUGCUUGAUCAGUUCCCCGCUUCGGUCAGGAUAAAUACGAGUCUUUGCUGGCCGCUCGCUGUGAUCGGGUGUAGCACGUCAGAUCCUACAGUCCAGCAGGUAUUGAGGACGCGGUUACAGACUAUGUUGGACACAAUUGGUCUGGGGAAUAUGAGACAAACACUGGUGCUAUUGGAACAUAUUUGGGAGCAGCCACCGGAUCAAGUCAGUCCUUGGACGCUAUGUAGGGCGAUGCGUGAGCGUCAGAUCUGGAUAUCUUUUGCAUGAAAGGACACCAUUAAUCCUAGAUACCCGCCUCGAUAUAUAAAAAUAGAGUCCUUGAGGCACAUGCAAUUAAGAUGCUGUAUAUAUGACGGUCGCCACCAAUUCUUUUGACCUCAUCAUGAGCAGCCAGCUCGGCCGUCGAAAUGAUCACAUCAACGAGCUCAUCUUCAAACCAUUUUCACCACCUGUGAGGAAAGUUACGUUGUGCUUGGUCAAAUAAUCACGAUUUAUAUUGUCUAAUUGUUUAAAGAAGAAACUCCCAUAUCUUUGCUGCC